AUGGUUGACUUCAAUACCGUUGAAUCAGAAGGGCCCAUUGUUCUUCCUCCUCUACCUCCAGGGCAUACAUUUAUGGUAACCAGAAGUCUGAUGCAAAUGCUUACGACACGAGGGUUGUUUUCUGGUCUAGCAUCAGAAGAUCCACAUGGUCACAUGGCUAGAUUGAGAAGUGUCUGCAAAAGUUGUGUAGGGCGAUCGAAAUCAGAAUUGGACGUCAUAGGUUUGAGAGUCUGCCCUCUAUCAUUGAUCGGUGGUGCUGCGGUGUGGUUUUCUAAGCAUCCAUAUAAUUCAAUUCAUACAUGGGACAAAUUGCAUAAGGUGUUCAUGGAAAAGUAUUUCCCAGUGUCCAAGAAGCUAAAUCACAAGGAUAAACUGAAUAAUUUUGUAGCACUACCUGGAGAGUCCGUGAGCAAUUCUUGGGAUAGGUUCAUUGUGUUCAUCAGAAGAGUUCCAAAUCAACGCAUAAAUGAUGAGUUGUUGAAGGAGUAUUUCUACAGAGGGCAGGAUGACAAUAGAAAUGCUGUGCUAGAUACUAUUGUUGGAGGAUCCUAUGGUGAGUGCACUUUUGAGCAGAUCGCUGAAAAAUUGGAGAAGAUUUCUCGAAACAAUAAGACAUGGAGCACUAGAAAAGUUAAUACUGGAAGAAGCACAUUCGUUGUCCAAGCUGCACCAAAUCAAUCUAAUGAUGAAAUUCGUGAGGAGAUGGCUCAAAUGAGGACAAAACUUAGGUUGGUAAUGAAGCAUGUGAGUGGAAAUGCAGAUACGGUGAAAGCGGAAAAUUACCUAACUAAAACUACACCACCAGUUGAGGAAUGGUACUAUGAGGAGGAUGCGUAUUUGAUGAAUGAUCAGACGGGGGGUUUCCGAGCCAAUGCCCAAGGAUACAACUCGGGUAAUUGGCGCCAAGGUCAAGGAAACCAAGGUCAGAACUGUGGAAACAACAAUCGAGAGGGAAACUAUGUCCAAGAUGGGAACAACAAUCAUGUUAAGAACUACAACUGGAAGAACUAUGGUAACAAAAAUGAGAGAGUUGGGCACUAUGUUCCACCUGAGAAGAAGGAAUCUGGUAAUAGAGAAGCUGGGGGUAGUAUGCAACACAUUGAUGAUAUGAUGCAUAAGAUGAAGAGUUUUGAUGCAACUGAUGAGAGUGUGAAAGAGAUGCGAAAUGACUUGUCUGGAAUUGGUCAAAAAGUUGAUGCCCAUGCAAUGUCGAUCAAGCAACUUGAGCAACAGUUUAGUCAGUUGUCCACUGCUGUGAACCCAUGUCAACUUGACACAUUUUUUAGAAACACCAUCCAUAAUCCGAAGAAUAAUGGGCAUUGUAUGGUAGUCACUACUCGAGGAGGUAAACAAACCAUUCAUCCCCCAUUGCCAUCUGAGGUUGAAAUUGUGGUAGAAGGAGAUGAAGAUGAGAUUGAGGUUACUAGAGAGUCUAAAAAUGCUACAAAGAAGGAAGAAGAGGUGACCCAAAAUUUUGUUCCCAUGCCUAGACCUCCACCUCCAUUCCCAUAG